AUGGGGGUGAUGGGGGGGAUGGGGCUGAUGGGGGUGAUGGGGGUGAUGGGGCUGAUGGGGGGUGAUGGGGGGGAUGGGGUGAUGGGGGGGAUGGGGGUGAUGGGGGUGAUGGGGGGGAUGGGGGUGAUGGGGGGCGAUGGGGGGCGAUGGAGGGAAGGGGCAGAGUGGUGGGCACACUCUGCCUGGGAUCGUGCUGUCAAGAGAGGACAGGUGGGCACACUCUGCCUGGGAUCGUGCUGUCAAGAGAGGACAGGUGGGCACACUCUGCCUGGGAUCGUGCUGUCAAGAGAGGACAGGUGGGCACACUCUGCCUGGGAUCGUGCUGUCAAGAGAGGACAGGUGGGCACACUCUGCCUGGGAUCGUGCUGUCAAGAGAGGACAGGUGGGCACACUCUGCCUGGGAUCGUGCUGUCAAGAGAGGACAGGUGGGCACACUCUGCCUGGGAUCGUGCUGUCAAGAGAGGACAGGUGGGCACACUCUGCCUGGGAUCGUGCUGUCAAGAGAGGACAGGUGGGCACACUCUGCCUGGGAUCGUGCUGUCAAGAGAGGACAGGUGGGCACACUCUGCCUGGGAUCGUGCUGUCAAGAGAGGACAGCCCGUCCCCACCCUUUUCCGCGCGACUAAUUUCCCCCACUCCCCGCCACAGCGCGUGCGCGGCGCCCUCGGCGCACCUUGCUGCGCGGACGGCGCCUCCGCCACGCGCGGAGGCAUGGCGGCCUGCGCGGACGAGUCAGGUCAUGGCGGAGCUGCGCGGAGUUGCGAGGGGUUGCGCGGGACGCGCCUCUCCCAGUCGAAGCCAAAGCCUUCCUCUCGAGAAAUGCUGCCGCGAUGCGCGGAUGUGGGGGAUGUGCGGAAGGAGUGCUUCCUUUGGGCUUCACCCUUCGUCCCUCAGGCCCCUCCUGCCCUCCCCGCCUGCCCUCUUGCCCCCGUCUCUCCCGCUUUCCCAUACGCCUCGCCCUUCACCCCUCUCGCCCCCAUCACCCCUCCACCUCUCGCCCUCUCCCGCCCCUUUUCUCCUCUUCCCCCGGCCCUUCUCUCGAGUUCGGUGGCUGCUGUUGGUGCUGGUUCUGGGAAGAACAGCGUUCCUCCCUCUCAGCUCAUCUGCACCGUUGAUGUGAUCCGGGACGAUCUCAUCCAUCCGUUGGCGGGCGGCAACAAGCUGCGCAAGCUGGACGGGCUGCUGCCGCCCGUUAUCCAAUCCGGGGCGACUGACGUGGUCACGUGUGGGGGCUGUCAAAGCGCACACACUGCAGCUGUGGCCGUGGCGUGUGCAGAGAGGGGCCUUAAAGCCCACCUCGUGCUAAGGGGAGAGCCGCCCAAAGUUCCUACGGGAAACACCCUCGUCUCGCACAUGUUCGGCUGCCCGAAAUACGUUUCCCGGGCAGAAUACGCGGACCGGGAGAAGGCGCUUCUUUCUCGGGCAGCUGCGGUGGCUGGGGAAGAGGGGACGGUUCAAUGGGGUGCUGGCCCUGCCACCACAUCAUCCAUGAAGUUUGGUGUGUCAGCAGCUGGAGCAGCCACGUCAGCAGCUAAAGAUGCCACGUCAGGGUUGAGUGACACGUCAGCAGGGAUGUAUGAGUCAGCAAAGGGGCAUCCACGUGUGGCAAUCAUCCCUGAGGGUGGAUCGGAUGGGCUGGCUCUGCUGGGCCUCCUGCGCCUGGUACAUCUGCUCUCAGAGCAAGACAGGGAGCAUGAGCAGACGCAAGCAGGGCACAAGGAGCAGCGGAGGCGAGUGGUGGUGGUGGACAGUGGCACGGGCACCACUGCCGUUGGCUGUGCUCUUGCUGUUCAUCUGCUGGGCCUGCCCUGGCUCGUGGUGGGAGUAACUCUAGCAGGCACCACCGACUACUACACUGCACAGCAGGAAAAUCUGCUCAGAAGCUUCGCGGACCAGCUCCCCUUUCUGCUUUCUCAACCAGAAGCGCCAUUGCCUGUGACUGGCCGAGGCCAGGAGGAGGAUUCUGAUAGCACCUCAACAGAGGCAGCAGAAGGGGCAGGGGUGGCAGAAAUGGCAGAGGCGGCAGAGAGGGCAGAAGAAGCAGAGGGGGCAGAGGCAGCAGGGGAGGUGGGGCGAGCACAGCAGCAGCUGUCUGCCUGUGCCGGCGCCCUUCCCCUCGUCUGGGUGCCGCGAGAGACGCCCCGCCGCUUUGGCAAGGUUCUACCGGGUGAAAUCUCCCAGUGCUGUGAGUUCAUGCGAGCAACAGGCAUCCCUAUUGACCCCAUCUACACACUAGCUGCCUGGGAGGUAGCACACGCUUUACCACGCUCCUUCACACUCACUCAGGCUCUAGGGCAAGCCAAUGGAGGAGAGACACGUGGGCACGGGCUGGCAAAUGAAGGGGACGCUGGAAAGCCUUCUGAGUCUUGUCAACAGCAGGCUGAGGGGCAGAAGCAGCGCUCCCGAGGGCCGAGGGAUCCGAGCCAUGACGAACAGCUUGCUGAAACGCUUGCUCAGGCUCUGCUUCCGAAGCUGGGCGAGUGGCUCGGGAGCACGCAUGUGGUAGGAGACCGUGGAGGAGAGGAAAGGAGCAGCGUUGUUAGCACAGAUGAUGCGCGCGCCCGGGCCAAGGCGCGCGCCCGGACCAAGGCGCGCGCCCGGACCAAGUCGCGCGCCCGGACCAAGUCGCGCGCCCGGACCAAGACGCGCCCCCGGACCAAGUCGCGCGCGCGGACCAGGGCGCGCGCCCGGACCAAGGCGCGCGCCCGGACCAAGGGGCGCGCCCGGACCAAGGCACGCUCCCGGACCAAGUCGCGCGCCCGGACCAAGGCGCGCGCCCGGACCAAGGCGCGCGCCCGGACCAAGGCGGGCCCCCGGACCAAGGCGCGCGCCGGGACCAAGGAGCGGGCCCGGACCAAGGCGCGGGCCCGGACCAAGUCGCGCGCCCGGACCAAGGCGCGCGCCCGGACCAAGGCGCGCGUCCGGACCAAGGCGCGCGCCCCGACCAAGGCGAGCCCCCGGACCAAGUCCAGCCCCCGGACCAAGGCGCGCGCCCGGACCAAGUCGCGCGCCCGGACCAAGGCGCGCGCCCGGACCAAGGCGCGCGCCUGGACCAAGGCGCGCGCCCGGACCAAGGCGCGCGCCCGGACCAAGGCGCGCGCCCGGACCAAGUCGCGCGCCCGGACCAAGUCGCGCCCCCGGACCAAGUCGCGCGCCCGGACCAAGGCGCGCGCCCGGACCAAGGCGCGCGCCCGGACCAAGUCGCGCGCCCGGACCAAGGCGCGCCCCCGGACCAAGUCGCGCGCCCGGACCAAGGCGCGCGCCCGGACCAAGGCGGGCCCCCGGACCAAGGCACGCGCCUGGACCAAGGCGCGCCCCCGGACCAAGGCGCGGGCCCGGACCAAGUCGCGCGCCCGGACCAAUGCGCGCGCCCGGACCAAGGCAAGCCCCCGGACCAAGUCCAGCCCCCGGACCAAGGCGCCCGCCCGGACCAAGGCGCGCGCCAGGACAAACGCGCACCCGGACCAAGGCGCGCGCCCGGACCAAGGCGCGCGCCCGGACCAAGGCGCGCGCCCGGACCAAGCGCGCGCCCGGGCCAAGGCGCGCGCCCGGACCAAGGCGCGCGCCCGGACCAAGGCGCGCGCCCGGACCAAGGCGCGCGCCCGGACCAAGGCGUGCGCCCGGACCAAGGCGAGCCCCCGGACCAAGGCGCGCCCCCGGACCAAGGCGCGCGCCCAGACCAAGGCGCGCGCCCGGAGCAAGGCGCGCGCCCGGACCAAGGCGCACGCCCUGACCAAGGCGCGCGCCCGCACCAAGGCGCGCGCCCGGACCAAGGUGCGCGCCCAGACCAAGGCGCGCGCCCGGACCAAGGCGAGCCCCCGGACCAAGUCCAGCCCCCGGACCAAGGCGCGCGCUCGGACCAAGACGCGCGCCCGGACCAAGGUGCGCGCCCGGACCAAGUCGCGCGCCCGCACCAAGGCGCGCGCCCGGACCAAGGUGCGCGCCCGGACCAAGGCGCGCGCCCCGACCAAGGCGAGCCCCCGGACCAAGUCCAGCCCCCGGACCAAGGCGCGCACCCGGACCAAGGCGCGCGCCCGGACCAAGGCGCGCGCCCGGACCAAGGCGCGCGCCCGGACCAAGGCGCGCGCCCGGACCAAGGCGCGCGCCCGGACCAAGGCGAGCCCCCGGACCAAGGCACGCCCCCGGACCAAGGCGCGCGAACGGACCAAGGCGCGCGCCCGGACCAAGGCGAGCACCCGGACCAAGGCGCGCACCCUGACCAAGGCGCGCGCCUGGACCACGGCGCGCGCCCGGACCAAGGCGCGCGCCCGGACCAAGGCGCGCGCCCGGACCAAGGCGCGCGUCCGGACCAAGGCGCGACUCCGGACCAAGGCGCGCGCCCGGACCAAGGCGCACGCCCGGACCAAGGCGCGCGCCCCGACCAAGGCGAGCCCCCGGACCAAUUCCAGCCCCCGGACCAAGGCGCGCGCCCCGACCAAGGUUAGCCCCCGGACCAAGUCCAGCCCCCGGACCAAGGCGCGCACCCGGACCAAGGCGCGCGCCCGGACCAAGGCGCGCGGCCGGACCAAGGCACGCGCCCGGACCAAGGCGCGCGCCCGGACCAAGUCGCGCGCCCGGACCAAGGCGCGCGCCCGGACCAAGGCGCGCGCCCGGACCAAGGCCGCACCCGGACCAAGGCACGCGCCGGGACCAAGGCGCGUGCCCGGACCAAAUCAAGGCGCGCGCGCGGACCAAGGCGGCGCCCGGACCAAGGCGCGCCCCCGGACCAAGGCGCACCCCCGGACCAAGGCGCGCGCCCGGACCAAGUCGCGCACCCGGACCAAGGUGCGCGCCCGGACCAUGGCCCGCGCUCGGACCAAGGCGCGCGCCCGGACCAAGGCGCUCGCCCGGACCAAGGCGCGCGCCCGGACCAAGGCGCGCGCCCGGACCAAGGCGCGCCCCCAGAGCAAGGCGCUCGCCCGGACCAAGGCGCGCGCCCGGACCAAGGCGCGCGCCCGGAGCAAGGCGCACGCCCGGACCAAGGCGCGCACCCGGACCAAGGCGCGCGCCCGGACCAAGGCGCGCGCCCGGACAAAGGCGCGCGCUCGGACCAAGGCGCGCGCCCGGACCAAGGCGCGCCCCCAGAGCAAGGCGCUCGCCCGGACCAAGGCGCGCGCCCGGACCAAGGCGCGCGCCCGGAGCAAGGCGCACGCCCGGACCAAGGCGCGCACCCGGACCAAGGCGCAUCCCCGGACCAAGGCGCGCGCCCGGACCAAGGCGCGCCCCCGGACCAAGGCGCACCCCCGGACCCAGGCGCGCGCCCGGACCAAGGCGCGCGCCCGGACCAAGGCGGCGCCCGGACCAAGGCGGCGCCCGGACCAAGGCACGCCCCCGGACCAAGGCGCGCCCCCGGACCAAGGCGCGCGCCCGGACCAAGGCGCGCGCCCGGACAAAGGCGCGCGCCCGGACCAAGGCGCGCGCCCGGACCAAGGCGCGCGCCCGGACCAAUCGCGCGCCCGGACCAAGGCGCGCGCCCGGACCAAGGCGUGCCCCCGGACCAAGGCGCGCCCCCGGACAAAGGCGCGCGCCCGGACCAAGGCGCGCGCCCGGACCAAGGCGCGCCCCCGGACCAAGGCGCGCCCCCAGACCAAGGCGCGCCCCCGGACCAAGGCGCGCGCCCGGACCAAGGCGCGCCCCCAGACCAAGGCGCGCCCCCGGACCAAGGCGCGCCCCCGGACCAAGGCGCGCCCCCGGACCAAGGCGUGCGACCGGACCAAGGCGCGCGCCCAGACCAAGGCGCGAGCCCGGACCAAGGCGGUUCCCCGGACCAAGGCGGGCGCCCGGACCAAGGCACGCGCCCGGACCAAGGCGCGCGCCCGGACCAAGGCGCGCGCCCGGACCAAGGCGCGCGGCCGGACCAAGGCGCGCGGCCGGACCAAGGCGCGCGCCCGGACCAAGGCGCGCGCCCGGACCAAGGCGCGCGCCCGGACCAAGGCGCGCGCCCGGACCAAGGCGCGCGCCCGGACCAAGGCGCGCGCCCGGACCAAGGCGGCGCUCGGACCAAUGCGCGCCCCCGGACCAAGGCGCGCCCCCGGACCAAGGCGCGCGCCCGGACCAAGGCGCGCGCCCGGACCAAGCCGCGCGCCCGGACCAAGGCACGCGCCCGGACCAAGGCACGCGCCCGGACCAAGGCGGCGCCCAGACCAAGGCGGCGCCCGGACCAAGGCGGCGCCCGGACCAAGGCGCGCCCCCGGACCAAGGCGCGCCCCCAGACCAAGGCGCGCGCCCGGACCAAGGCGCGCGCCCGGACCAAGGCGCGCGCCCGGACCAAGGCGCGCGCCCGGACCAAGGCGCGCGCCCGGACCAAGGCGCGAGCCCGGACCAAGGCGCGCGCCCGGACCAAGGCGGCGCCCGGACCAAGGCGCGCGCCCGGACCAAGGUGCGCGCCCGGACCAAGUCGCGCGCCCGGACCAAGUGGCGCGCCCGGAUUAA